AUGUCAAUUAUAAUGUUCCUCUUGUUUAUAUUAUUAUCAAUUAAUUUGAUAAUACCUAUUAAAUCAAUCGCAGUAAAUCGUACAUAUCUUAUAAAAAAAGAUUUUUUAAGUGGUCUUAAAGGAGGUGAAUUUACUGUUUACGAUAGUACAGGAAAAACCCGUCAACAUCGUAUGGAAUCAAAGUUUGGUAUAACUCAUGAUGUUCGAAUACUUACUCUUCCAUCAAAAAAAUUAAUUGCAAGAUUAAAAGCUAAAGUUACAGCAGCUAUGUAUAAAGCAACAAUUACUAUUCUUAAUAGUGAUAGUAAUCAAUGGACAAAUGGAACAAUUGAACAAAAUUUUAAAUUGGUUGGAAAUAAAUUUACUAUUUUAUGGAAUGGAAAUCGAAUAUUAAUGGAAGGUAAAGCUGCAUCAUUAAAUACAGCGUUUGUUGAAGAACCUUUAGGAACUGUUGUGGCCAAAUUUCGAAAACGUGUUAGUUCAUUAUUUUGGAGAAACAAAUAUGAUUUACAAGUAUUAUCAAAUACAUAUCCAGAUACACUUUACCUUUUAGGAGUAGCAGCAAGAGAUCAUAGUAAUUUAAAGAUUCAUCGAGAUAUCUAUAAGAAAAAAAUGAGUAACGAUAUAAGUUCUGAUGUUCAAUAUUUGAUAGAUCAAAUAAACGAGACAAAAAACAAUAAAAAUCUGUUAGAGAUUAGUUAUGGAAAUGAAAAAGUUAAUGGUAAUAAUCAUUUAACAAAAGAACAAACACAACAACAACCGAAUAUCAAAAUUAACAAACAAUCUCAAGAUAAUACAUAUCGAACAUUAAUUAUGAUUGAUCCAGAUGCUCCCUCUUCUGAUCAACCAAUAACUGGCCCAUUUAUUCAUUGGAUAUUGUCAAAUUUUCAAGGAAACAAUGGGAUCGAUGGACAAGCAAUUUGUCCGUAUAUGGGGCCAGGUCCACGAUCUGGAACUGGAAGACAUAGAUAUAUAUUUUUGCUUUAUCAAUCGACUGAACAAGUUAAAGAAGAGAAAAAAUUCGAUGAUAUUCCUCAACGUCGAAAAUUUCCGUUGGCCAAAUUCGUUUCUGAUAAUUGUCUUCAAUUACUUGAUGUGACAUUCUUCACCGUAGAUGCUUAA